AUGGAGCCAGCAUUGCGACGCGCAGCAUCAAGCGUCUGCGGAAACUGUUCUGCGACGCUGAGAAGGCAAUUGAUCCCCAACCGAGCUGCCAGAACCGUUUCCCGAAUCGCAUCAGCCCACUCGACCCGAAGCCUGCAUUCCACUGUUCAGGAAAGAUCGAAGGCCAACAAUGCUACGACGAGACAAUUCUCUUCGACCCCCAAGGUUGCUCACGAAGCUGCAGCGGUGAAGGGUGCGAGUGCUGAGGCGGCGACUCCCAAACUGCGUUCGAACGAUCUCUUUCACUCUUUCACGGACUCGCCUAUCCCAGAGAUCCGGCGUCGCGCGGCUUUCAUGAGGCAGCAUGCGUACUGUCCGCAUCCUGACCACCGCGCAACUCGAGUACCUACAAUUGCUCCCCAUGGCGAUGAGAACACGGCGCAGACCGGAGUCCUUGCACCGGCGCACGUCGACUUCGAAUGCCCGGACUGUGGUAUUCCGGUUUACUGCAGUAAGGAGCAUUGGAUGGAUGACUAUGAGGCCCAUCUCGAGAUCUGUGAUACCUUGAAGGAGAUCAAUGAGGACGAUCAUGAUUUGCGAUCUGGCCGCGCUUUUCCGGAGUUUGUCAUGGCCGAGGACCAGAUGCCCGAGGCUGUUGUUAAUAUGUCGAACUGGGAUACCUUCAUGUACAGCCGAGAGUUUGAAGCUAUUAAUGAUGAGCGAAGCAUGAGACAGGUCACGAAGAUGCUCACAUAUCCUAUCACAAUUGGCAGUGUACUGCAUGAGCUGAGCCCCUACAGCAUCAAGCAGGACGGCAGAUUGACUAGCGAAGGCUUGAAGAGUUUGAGUGCUCUGCGGUACACUCUUCACCCCCCGCUGGCUGGAAAGGGUACUGGCAUGAAGGAUCUCCGUCCCGAGGCGCCUCCUGUGCGGGUGUUCUGCUUGGGUGCUCGCGCCGAGUCUUCGCUACCAAGAAAUGUUUGGCUCCAGUUGGCUCACCUGUUUCCUGAGAGCAAAAUCCACCUCAUCUUCAUCGGCCCCGAGAGCAUGGCAAACAGAGAUGAUGAGUUCCCGCUGCCCCCUCGAACCGCUGAGAACCCCUUCGGCAUGGUUGUGGAGGACCGGAUAUCGCACAAGCUGAAGAUCAGCACGAUUGUGGACUACUACCACACUAUUCACAAGACCGGAUACUUCGCGCCCUACGACCCAUACUUUGACUGCUUCUGUCUCUUCCAUCCUGGACUGGGUCACCCGGCAAGCAGCCACGAAUGGUCAGAGACGCUACCAAUGCUUCUCGAGACUAAGCUUCCCAUCAUUGCCACCGGCUACACGCAGUUCGACAUGGAGAGAGACAUCGAGUGGGUUCGAAAGACGGCCGCCGGCGAGUUUGAUAUCCUGCUGGAGCCUGGUGAGAACCUCUUCCGCAGCAUGAGGUGGGACCUCAACGAUCUGGACCCUCAGGAUGUUAGCUGUGGAAACUGGGGAGUAUGGGCUUUCCGUGGAAAGAGAUACGAGACAGCUACGAAGAACGAAUAA